GGGCGCUAUGGCCCGUAGGAAGAGGCUUUCUGCCGUUUAGUAUCUGACAAACAACACGAGGGAGGCGUUUAACCCCCUGUGUGUCUGGAUAAACGUGAAUUAAUGGACUUUAAGAGGUUCACCCGUUUUUCCUAAAUGUUUUACCUUCCGGUUAGUUAGCCUACAAAGCUAAUGAAGUUAGCUUGUUAGCUUGACUGACGGGGAAGGAACUAGUCUGGCUCGUUGACUGCGGAGUGAGUCUGGAGGAAAAGUUGCUGUAAAAAAAAAAUGUCUAAAGUCCAAAUGCUGAGAGCUUUUGUCAACCAGCGACUAAGUGCGGCUGCUGAGGAGAUAUUUGGGCUGUUUGAAAGGACGAUAGCAGAGCACGAGGAGGAGCUUUGUCGUUCAAAAGAGGAGAACGAGCGACAGCGGAAACUGCUGGACGCUGUUUUCCAGCCUGAAGUCCGGUUACACAGAGCAGGCGUCCAGCAGCUGUCGGUGAGUUCAGAAGAGGUUCAGGAGUGGAGCCCCAGUCUGGACCAGGACCCAGAGCCGCCACACAUUAAAGAGGAGCAGGAGGAGCUCUGGACCAGUCAGGAGGGAGAGCAGCUUCGAGGGCUGGAGGAGGCCGAUAUCAUCAAGUUCACAUUCGCUCCUGUGAAGAGUGAAGAAGAAGAAGAUGAUGAUGAUGAUGAUGAUGAUGAAGAGAAACCUCAGUCCUCGCAGCUUCAUCAAAGCCAAACUGAAGAGAACAGAGAUGCAGAGCUUUUGAAACCAGAAGCCGAUGGAGAGGACUGUGGAGGACCAGAACCAGCCAGGAACUUUAAUCCAGAUAAUCCUUUACAACCAGCUCCUCGUGACAAGACUUCACACUCCUCUGAACCCGAGACUGACGACAGUUGUGAUUGGGAGGAGACCGGGGAACCUCAGUCAGGUUUAAACCCAGAACCUGUGCGUGAUCAGGACUGUAAUACUGGAAAAACAUCAGUUAGCUCCUCUGAAUGUGCUACAAGCUUUGGCCUCAAGGAACAUCUGCAGAAACACAAUGGAAUCCAAACAGCAGUGAAACCAUUUAGCUGCUCAGUUUGUGGUAAGAAAUACCCCCGGAAGAAGUCCUUAACGACUCAUAUGAGACUUCAUUCAGAAGAUAAAUGUUUCAGCUGCUCCGUUUGUAAAAAAACUUUUCAAUGGAGAAGAGAUGUUGUGAGGCACAUGAGAAUCCACACAGGGGAGAAACCCUUUAGUUGCUCCGUCUGUGGUACAGGAUUCGCACGAAACUCAACUUUGACCGCACACUUAAGAGUUCAUACGGGAGAAAAACCUUUCAGCUGCUCAAUUUGUAAAGCAAGUUUCACUGCCAGAAGCUCUUUGUUCACACACAUGAAAAUCCACACAACGGAGAAACCAUUUAGUUGUUCAGUUUGUGGUAAAAGAUUCGCACACAGCUCAACUUUGACCUCACACUUAAGAGUUCAUUCGGGAAAAACACCUUUCAGCUGCUCAAUUUGUAAAGUAAGUUUCAGUGUCAGAGACAGUUUGGUCAAACACAUGAGAAUCCAUAGUGGAGAGAAACCAUUUAGUUGUUCAGUUUGUGGUAAAAGAUUCGCACGAAAGGAUCAUCUAAGACAACACUUUACUGUCCACACAGGGGAGAAACCAUUCAGUUGCAGUGCAUGUGAUAAAAGAUUCACUCGGCUCCAUAGUGUCAAAAAUCACAAGUGUGUUGGUGAGAGCAGCAGAUAUAAAUGAAGCUGUUUGUUGAGCCAAUUUUUUUCCAAAGAAACCGACAUCGCUGUUGGGUUUUUUUUGUUUGUUUUUUUUGGCGCUUUGAGCACCACAAGCCGUGUAAUCAUUCUACAAAUGUGUAUCUUCGUCCUGGGACUCGUGUUGCUGCAACAAACCUCCAAGAGACUACCAGGGCAUCCCUCCUCAGCGAAACAGUCUGUGCAAACAUAAGGAGGGAAUUUUCUGUCGAUCGACUAAUCGAUUAACUUUAUAUACUGUUAAGUAGUUUCAUCUAUAACAGUUCCAUAUUUCAGAAGCUCUUUAUAUGUUUUGUAUGCAAAAUCUUAACUUUUAAAGUCACUAGUUAACUAAAGCUGUCUCUAGACGGAAUAGAAGUGUGUCUGUGUGUGCAGAGACGCUGCCCUCUGCCUGCAUUUUUCUGGGUGAAAACCUUUGUGCAGCGGUGUGUAGCCUCCAGCCAAUAACUGCAAUGCAGCGGUGUUUGACUGAGUGCGGGGCUGAGCUACACGCAGAGCAGAGAGCAGCACACAGGAUGAAGCUGGCUCCUCGCAGUAUUGUGUCUCUUAUUAUGCAAGUGCUGUGUCUCAUUUAUGUUUUUCUUUUGUGGACCAGUCCUGUAACAUUAUGUUGUAUGCCUCUUGAGAAAGACUGAAUGAAAUAAAAAAAGUAACAACAUAAA